ACAUGUGCGUUUUGCGACAGGCGGAUGAAGAGUGUGUUCAUCGUCUUGGUCGUCUUUGAAAAGAGAGUCGGGCGAGGACGAGCGUUGCAUAAAAAGUCGAUUGAAUGGGGUUUUCGGGAAUACCACGGGGAACCCAACAAGCCAGAGUUGCCGAAAAGGAAUUCCCCAUCAUUCUCUUUUUCCUCUUUCCUCUUUCCUCUUUUUCCUCUUUUCCCAUCGAUUCUGUGCAUUCUUCUAAAAACACUUUGCCAUGUUUGCCAACUCUCUCAGACAGGGUCUUCGCACCGCUUCUCGCUCCUCUGCCCGCGCAUUCUCAACCAUCCCCGCUCGUGCGCCCAGGACCAACGUCGUUGGCGCGCUUGCCCUCGGUACUGCCGUCGCUGGUUAUGCCCUUUACGAGACUACCAGGUCCCCUGUCAUGCUUGAAGGCGCGAGGACUAUUGCCGGUGAGAAGGGGACCGUCACCGAGAGGUCUUUUGUCAUGAUCAAGCCGGAUGGUGUCUCCAGGCAACUCGUUGGCAAGAUCGUCUCCCGCUUUGAGGAGCGUGGCUACAAGCUCGUCGCUAUCAAAUCCCUCACCCCCUCUGACGCCCUCGCCAAAGAACAUUACGCCGACCUGUCCGCUCGUCCGUUCUACCCCUCGCUCGUCAAGUAUAUCACCUCUGGUACGCCUGUCGUGGCGAUGGUUUGGGAGGGCAAGGAUGUCAUCCGUCAGGGUCGCCGAAUCGUAGGCGCCACCAACCCGCUCGACGCCGAUGCCGGCUCGGUCCGCGGCCAGUACGCCGUCUCCGUCGGUCGGAACUUGAUCCACGCCUCUGACGCUUUCGAGUCGGCAACCAAGGAGAUUGGACUUUGGUUUGCGCCCGAAGAGUUGUCCGAGUAUGAGCCCAUUGCUUGGCCUUGGGUCAUGGCCGACAACUAGGCGUCUUGACCUCUCCCCUUUUUCCAUCUCCAUUCCUCCAAGAGGAACGAUCUGCGUAUCAGUCGUAUUUUGUUUCUGGGAAUGAUGGAAUGAUGGGACAAGUUGAAUAAUGGGGUGAAUGGUUGGAUUUAAAAAAGUGAAGAAUGAGGUGAAUGUGGAAGAUGCAAAUUUAUUAAAAAACGUACCGUU